CGAAGCCGCCAAAGCCUCGCCCACCGCCCUGCCCCCAGCCCCGCCACUCCCCGGCUCCUCGGGACUCCGCGCAUCCUCCUGGGAUCGUCUCCGAGGGGCCGCGCUCCGCCGACGCCAUGGAGGUGGUGCUGAUCUUUCUAUGCAGCCUGCUGGCCCCUGUGGUCCUGGUCAGUGCAGCUGAGCAGGAAAAAGAAAAGGACCCAUUUCAUUAUGAUUACCAGACUCUGAGAAUUGGGGGAUUGGUGUUUGCUGUGGUCCUCUUCUUGGUGGGGAUCCUCCUUAUCCUAAGUCGCAGAUGCAAGUGCAAUUUCAAUCAGAAGCCACGGGCCCCUGGGGACGAGGAGGCCCAGGUGGAAAAUCUCAUCACCGCCAACGCAACAGAGCCCCAGAAGGCAGAGAACUGAGGUGCUGCCCUCAGGUGGGAAGCGUCCAGAACCUGAAGGCAGCUGCUUGAACCUUUAGAUGCCAAUGCUGAUGCUUAAGAAAACUGGCCACUUCAGCACAGUUCUUUCCCCAGGAGAAGCCAAGAACUUGUGUUUCGCCUUCCCCCCAACCCCCCAAAACCAGUCCUCAACUCAGUGAUGCAACUAACACCCGCCCCCUGCAGCCUGAGGUCUCGCCCCCUCCUGUGACGUGUCUGUGUGUGUGGUGACCGUGGUAUUCGUGGCUGCUCGUCUGUGGAUCAUGUUGUGUUAGUGAGCCUGGGCCCCUUUUUCUGGGCAGGAGCUGAGCCACCAGGCCAGCAGCUUCUCCCUGCUCCCCCAUGGCCCUCCACCACCUCCCGCUUCUGGGAGUCUCCUUUUUCCCUGGAGAGCAGUCCCUUCUCUUGAUUUAGGGGUGAAUGUAGACGUGGGGGCUCAGCAGGAGUUUCCAGGUGUUCUGGGACUUGGGAAGGUUUACAUCUCCUUCAUGAUCAGUCUUCAAGGUCUCACUUCACUCCUUUAAAGAACCUUGCUUCCAUAGUCCAUCCCAACCCAAGUAGUUCUGAGGGUCUGCUAGCAAUUAGAAAUUCAUGGCAAGAUCCCGGUGAGCCCAGCUCUGUCUUCAGGUGGGCUAUGCCCCUUGAGGGUCAUUUUUUCUCCUGGGGGCACCUACCAUGGAGUCCCCACCUGCCCCACCCUGUGGCAGAGUGGCCAGGGAUUCCAGGCCCAGGUCAUCUACUCUGCCUCUGGGGUAUGUGCCCCUGGCAUAUCUUUGCAGCAAUAACCCCAUGGGCUCUGGAACCCCAUCCCCCACCCCCACCUUCCCUGACUCAGACUCCAGGCCCUGAUGUGGGUCUCUGGCAGGCCUCAGCAGAGGGGAUCCAUCCUGUUAGGGCAGCGCCCUGGGGCAGGCAGCAGGAAGAGCAGGGGGCUUUUGCUUCUCUGCCCAUGUCUCACUGGUCAGGUGGCAGCGAUGGUGCCUGCACCCUUUACUUUGCCUGCCAGUGUCAGAGGUGAGUGCAGUGAUGGCUGUGCUGCGAGGGCCCAGCGUGAGGGCAAAGGCCAUAAAGAGAGUGGAAACUCAACCAGAUCCUGCUCCCUCCUGUCCAUCGUGUUCUUGUGGAAACUAGCCAAACCGUGCCGCUGUGACCGGGACCGCGUUCUCUGUGCUGUGAUCUGUAUCCUCCUAACGACAACAAAAAGGAAUAAAAUACCAUUGUUUCCUAGUGGCUCUGUGGUGCUUUCCUU